GACGAAGCGGCGGCGUUAACCGGACGUAAACACGUCAUUAGCUUCCGGGUCAGGGGAUGUUCUUCCGGUGGACAGAGCGGUAGCAAACAAACACAAGAGGAGAGAAAAGCCGCGAAAAUCCUGCAACAAUACACCUGUCAGAAAAGAUGCUGAGGAGGAAACCGACCCGUCUGGAGCUUAAGAUCGACGACACAGAGGAGUUUGAGAGUGUCAAGAAGGAGCUUGAGGCGAGGAAGCGUCAGCGAGAGGAGGCGGAGUCAGGAGGUGGCAUGGGCGGAGCUUCUGUUAUCAGUGUUGACAUCAUCGGGGGCGGAGCCUCUGCCUCAGCUUCUUCCUCCACCGCGGCGUCGAGGGCGGAGCUUAUUAACGAGCGAAUUGGCUACAAGCCCCACCCCAAACCCGCCACGCUGCCGACCUUAUUUGGAAGUUUACAGUUUUAAUAAAAUCGUUUGAACAGAAAAA